CCCAACUCGUCUGUCAUUACCAGGACAACGAGAUAAGCCCACCGUUCACUUUUCGCAGCCAUGAUCUCGACUUUACACCGGGCAUCAGCGAAACGGACACACGCCCAUGCCCGUCAGAGCAGCCACUAUGGCCGGAACGUUGCCAUGGCAGACCAGGGAAGGCGCGCAAAGCUGCUCAGAAUCGUAGGCCACGACGCCGUCGGUGUCAACUGGACAUCGACGCGGCUCGCUGAGAAUGUGCCGCAGUCUCGUAUUUGCAGCCUGUGUGGCGUGUUUCCAAGGAGCAAGGUCGUGCUUCCCUGUUCGCACUUUCUGUGUGAGCUGUGCCUGAGAGCCAGCGUCCAAGAUGGCGGCUGCUUGUGCCCUUUGGAUCGCGAGCCCUUCGGCGAAGAAGAAUGCGAGACGAUCCGCUUGCCAGCGAAGAAAGCGAACAGCUUGAAGGCUCACUGGUGGAACGAAGCGCAAGGGUGUGGGUUCACGGACACCGUGGAAUCUGUGCUACGUCACUAUGAGAAAGACUGCAUCUUCCACGCGGUAGAAUGUCGGCACUGCGAAGAACGAAUCCUUCAGCGGAACCUGCCGGCACAUUGCCUGAGCAGUUGCACCGUCCCCGCUGGUACAAAACAGCCGACACCACACGACAGUCACUUGACAGUUCACGAACUGAAUGCAUCAUUGGCCGAGUUGAAAGUAAAUAUCAGGGACUCGUACGCCGAGCUACAGAAUCGGAGUCGAGUAACGAACUGUUCCAACAGUCCAGAAGCCAAAGCCUGCAGUUGCUGGAAAUGA